AUGUCCCGCUCCGUGUACCGCGACACCGACUCGCGGGGCUGGCAGCAGGAGGAGCCCCGGAGGACCUACACCACCGUCAAGCGCUAUCAGGUCCCCGAGUCCUCCAGCCGCUCAGCGCUCAACCUAGGCGGCGACGAGAGAGCCGACGAGAAGAUCAUCAUCAGGCGCGAGAAGUCGGCGCAACCACUGCGCAACGACAAUUACGACUAUCACGGCAGUGACCGGUCGUCGCACCACCACCACGACUCCAAGGCGAGGGAUGACAUUGACAUUCGUAUUACGGAGAGAUCCGGCCAAGCCGAACCGCGGUACAACAACGACGACUAUCAGUACAGCCAGCGGUAUGCCGAGCGCGAGGCGCCAAAACGAGACGUCACCUACCGCGUGAUCGAGAGGGAUAACAUCGACUACGAUGACCGCCGAUCAGUGGCUCGAGGAGGCGACUAUCGCAGCGAUUACAGGAGCAGCUAUCGACUCGAAGAUGACCAGCGGACUAUACGCGCACCUUCACCACAACAAGAUCGUGUUCGCGAGUUCCGCUUUGAGCGCGAGCGAGACUUUUCUCCAGCCCGCUCGCAUCAUUCACAUCACCACCACCACGAUGACUCGUACGAGGUGGAGAGAUAUAGCAAGGACACCGAAUACUACACAACACCUGCGCCUGCUCCAGCACCGCAACCCAUCAUCAUCCGCGAAUCCCGACCGCAAGCACCAAUCAUCAUUCGCGAGCGCGAACCGGCGCCAAUGCCUAUUAUCAUCCGCGAAGAGCGCCGUGAGCCUCAGUACGAGUUCAUCGAGCGCCGAGAGGUGGAUGAUUCGAAGUCACUCGUAAGGCGCGAGGAGCCACCACCGCCCGCUCCAGUUCCACAACCACCGCCACAGGAAGAAGACUAUUUCUACGAGCGUCGCGUGCGCGAGAUCGAGAGGCCACGUUACCGCGAAGACAGCCGCGAGCGGAGAUCAGAGGUCAGACCGAGAGAUAGCGCUUCGAACUAUAGCAGCGACGACAGCUACGAGUACAUCCGCCGAGAACGGACGGUCGAAGAAGAAGAGCCUCAUCACAAGCGCCAUUUGGCCGAAGGCGCGCUUGCCGGCGCUGCUGCUGGUGCUAUCAUCAACCACCACCGUAAAUCUGAAGGCAAAGCUGAAGGCGGCGGGAUUAAGUCCGCUGCUGGUGGUGCUGCGUUGGGUGCGAUUGGUACCGAAAUCUACAGCCGGUACAGAAGUCGUAGUAGACGUGGCGGGUCGAGAAGCAGUUCGAGAAGUGAUUGGGACAGACGCGACCGACGCAGAAGGGGUCGAGAUCGAGAUCGCUCCCGGUCCCGGUCCGGCUCCCGGUCGCGUUCGAAGUCUAUCUCGAAGAAACAGCUGGCCGGGCUGGCCGGUGUUGCUGCUGUGGGUGCUCUGGCGGGUUACGCUCUCAACAAGCGCAACAAGGGAAACGGAGAGACGGUUAUUGUGAACGAAGGCCGAUCAGGCCGUAGCAGAUCAAGGAGACGACGCGGUAGUUCCGGAAGUUCUGUUAGCAGUAGUGAGAUGAGAGAGGACGAUAAGCACCGCGAUCCGGACCACCGUAACCGCCGCAUCGCCCAAGCAGGGUUGGCUUCGGCAGCAGCUGCUGGCAUUUGGGAACGAGUCCGCUCCAAGAGUCGAGGAGGCAAAGGCAAGGAGCGUGAACGUAGUAAGUCACGAGUCAAGCAAGGCGUCCCCAUCGCGGCUGCAGGACUCGGAGGAGCUGCUUUGGCAGGCCUGUACGAGAAGAACAAGGCGAGCAAGGAAGCAAAGCGGGAUGCAGUCAUCGCAGAUGAGACCAGUCGGCACAGAAGGGGGCGGAGCCGCUCCAGAAGUAGGUCCGUUCCUGCUUCCCAUGCUGACGGCAGACGGCAUAUUGACGAUCGGGAUAUGGUAGCCUACGGCGAUGAGCCCGUCCACCCAUCCGACCGCGGCUACUACAGCGAUGAAGAGCCGGGUGUCUAUCACCGCAGGCAUCGGAGUGGUAGUAGUAGUCGCGGCAGCAGUCCCGACAAUCGCAAGCGCAGCCGGUCGAGAGGAAAGAAGCUUGCUGGGGCUGGUGCGGCGGCGGGGGCUGCGGGCCUUGCGGCGCAUGAGAUUGGCAAGAGGAGAGAGCGGAAGAAGAAUGACAAUGGUUCAAGCGAGCGUUCACAGUCGCGGAACAGGCAUGACGACGACCGCUCCGACAACCGCUACGACGACCGCUACGACGACCGCUACGAUGACCGCUACGACGACGACAGCAGAUACGGCCCCUCGCCCGGCCCCUACGACGAGCCACCAUCAGGCUACCUCCCACCCCAACAACAAAACUCCGGCUAUGGCCCCCAGCAAAACUACCCCGGAAGCACUUACUUCCCACCCCCACCCACCGCCGCCGAGAACGCCUACGCCUCGAACCCCGGCUACCAAGACCAACAACAGCAAGCCUACCCGGCCUACAACCCCGCCGACUACGGCACCCCCGGCGCCGCACCGCAACAACACUACCCCUACGAGCAAACCCGCGGCGCCUACGGCGACAGCGACGCCACGCUCGGCGCCCCCUACGGCCACGAGACCUACGCCGGUGACACGCGGGGUGGCUAUCCGCCCGAUGAGCCCCCGACGCCGCACGACGAGCGGAGGCGGGGGAGGGAGCAUAAUAAUGUGAGUGCAGCGCCUGUUACCGAUGUUGCCCGCGGCGAGCAAGAAGAGCAGCGCGAGCGUGAAGGGCGAAGUGGCGAAUCCGUAAACACCUCCACCACACCGCGCGCGAGGUCGAGUAGUCGGGUGCGCUUCGAUUUGGGCGCGAACGAGGCGCAUUCGCCUGAGGAUCCGCGGAAGGUUCAGCAGCAGCAGCAGGAGGGGGGUGGCGGGAGUCGAGGGGCGGAAGAGGGAGGUGGUGAAAGGAAGCAUAGACGGAAACGCAGGAGUGGGCAUGGUGACGAUGGCGGUGGGGGGCACCGACGUCAUCGCGACAGGGGAGAAAGGGAGAGGGAGGACGAGGGGCUAAUGCGGGAUCCGUACGAGCGGCCGCCGUCGUCUGUGCAGCAGCGGGACCGCUCGCGUUCGCGGGAUCGUGAUAGAGACCGAGACCGAGACCGCGACCGUAGUAGAUCCCGCGACCGCCCACGCGACAGCAGGGGGCACGGUCGGUCUCAUCGAGACCACGAAGCAGACGACGAAGAGAGGGAAAGAGAAAGCGACGGCACCAUCGACCUCCCCGAACGUUUUGAUCACGAGGGGAAUCGAAAGGAUGGGGAUGGUGGUGGGGGUGGGGAUGCGCUGCAGAAUUUUUUGGGGGGGUUGGCGGAGAAGUUUAUGGGCGGUGGUGGUGAGGAGGAGGGGGGAGGGCAUGGCGGGCAUAGGAGUGGGAGGCGGCGGCGGCGGCAUUGA